AACUUGAACCACAACUUUGAUAGAUAUUUGUUUUGCAAUAAUCACGCCUAACUGAUAUUAUAAAUAAUUGAAGAACUCUUGCAGAAGCUACAUCAUAUCCUAUCAAUCAUCAAUUAAGUUAUAGAAAAUAAAAGAUGGCAGGGAGUGGAGAAGAAGAGAAGAAGUAUUCAACGAGUGAGCUUAUGGCAAGUGCAAAGAUAGUAGCAGAGGCAGCACAGUCAGGUUUGGGGAAAGAAACUGAUAAAGCCAAAGUUGCAGAUGCUGCAGGGGAUCUUCUAGAAGCAGUUGGUCAGUAUGCUAAACUUGAUGAUCAGAAGGGUGUUGGACAGUAUGUUGAUAAGGCUUCUGAUUAUCUCCAUCAGUAUCAGUCCACCAACUCUCCUGCUCCUUCUCCUUCUCCUUCUCCUGCUGCUGCUGCUGCUGCACCUUCCAAACCAGAUCACCCCAAUGGUAAUGAUGAUGCUCCUGCCAAAUCUGAAGGAGGUGGCCUUGGUGGUCUAGGUGGUGAUUUUGCUAAGGUUGCUGGAGGCUUUUUUAAAUGAAUUAUUAUCACUCAUUUCGCUUCACCUUCUUCUUUGAUUAAUAAUUAUAGUUUCCCUCUCUUUUAAGUAUUCUUGUUGUUAACUUGUUGUCAUCAUUUUAUAUAAUCUAUGUUGGAUAUGAUUAGAAUGUCAUAAUGGAUUGAUUGUAUGGUGACAGACUUCUGUUUGAAGUAAGAUGAUUCUGUAUGUUUUUCCUAAUUCUGUUGUAUAUAUAUUAUUCACUUUCCUUUCUC